CAUCACAACCUGCAACACCGUGCUUUACAGGCUCCAAAUUUCUCGAACCUGGCUCGGCGUCAGAGGUAUCUACCGGGUAUUGCUCCAACCUACUGAAGGCCCUCAAGAAGCCCUUCCACCAUGUCGAUGAUUCCGCCUCCGCCGCCGCCGCCGAGCUCUGAUCCUGUUCCUCCUCCGCCUCCACCUCCACCUCCACCUGAAGAAGAACUAGGCCCUGCCUUAGCUAAAAAGCAGAAGAAAGGAUGGGCAUCUCAAAAGAAGCAGCCUCCGAGCAUUGACGAUAUUUUGAAGGCGAAGCGGGAAAAGGAAGCGGCGGCCGCAAAGCCCAAGUUCCUCACGAAAGCGCAGCGCGAGCAGCUUGCUUUGGAAAAGCGGCAGAAAGAAGUCGAGGAUGCGCGCAAGAAGCAACAGACAUCGAACAGAACAAAUGGCACAUCGCAGAACGGAGCUUCAAAUAAAGUCGCAAAUGGCGUGCCUUCAGUCCCUACGGGUCCACGUGCGAUGCGCCCGGAUAUUCCCACUGGGCCAGCCUCGAUGCGGCAGAAGAAUGAUAUGCCGCCACCCCCAGUCCCUAAGCCCGGCGAGAAGCGGCCAGGAAAGCGCCCGGCGCCGGAAGAUGCAGAAGCAGCCUUGAUUAGGCAGAGAUACAUGGGCGCGGAACAGAACCAGUCGACCUUUUCGGCGAAGAAGAAGAGGAGGCGGACUACUGAAAAGAAGUUCAACUUCGAGUGGAAUGACGAGGAGGACACGAGCGUCGACUACAACCCAAUAUACUCGCAGAGGGCAGAGGCCAAUUUCUUCGGCCGUGGCAGACUAGGCGGCUUCACAGAGGAAAUUGCCGAACAUGGCACACAAAAGUUCAUUGAAGCUAUGAUCGAGCGAGAUCCCGAGAACGGCAGAGAGCGGGCAGAGGCUAUACUAGAGAUGGAGCGUCGGCGGAAAGAGGAGGGAAGUCGAGCGCAGCUCGACAAGCACUGGAGUGAAAAGAAGCUGGAGCAUAUGCGCGAGCGCGACUGGCGCAUCUUCAAGGAAGACUUCAAUAUCAGUACGAAGGGCGGCUCGAUACCCAAUCCCAUGCGCAACUGGAACGAAUCUGGCCUUCCAGACAAACUCCUCCGCAUUAUCGAUCAGGUCGGCUAUACUGACCCCUCGGCCGUCCAGCGCGCUGCUAUUCCUAUUGCCCUACAAUCUCGCGAUCUCAUCGGAGUAGCCGUCACCGGUUCCGGUAAGACGGCUGCUUUUCUGCUGCCGCUGCUAGUCUAUAUAUCGCAGCUCCCUCCGCUAAAUGCUACAAACCGAAAUGACGGACCGUAUGCCCUUAUCCUCGCACCAACUCGUGAAUUGGCCCAACAGAUCGAGGUAGAAGCCAGGAAGUUUGCAAGUCCUCUAGGCUUCAACACUGCCGUAAUCGUCGGUGGCCAUUCGAUUGAGGAGCAGUCGUUCCAGCUCCGCGAUGGCGCCGAGAUCAUCAUUGCCACACCUGGCCGACUUCUAGACUGUAUCGAGCGCCGCGUUUUGGUGCUCAGUCAGUGCUGCUACGUCGUCAUGGACGAAGCUGAUCGAAUGAUCGACUUUGGAUUUGAAGAGCCUGUCAAUAAGAUUCUGGAAGCCCUUCCAGUGGGCAAUGAGAAACCCGAUUCUGACGCUGCAGAGGACGCGGUCGCCAUGUCCAGGGGCCUGUAUAGGCAGACGAUGAUGUACACGGCUACUAUGCCGUCUGCGGUAGAGCGAAUAGCGCGGAAAUAUCUGCGGAGGCCAGCCAUCGUAACCAUCGGCAACGUCGGCGAAGCCGUCGAGACCGUCGAACAACGUGUCGAGUUCAUCCAGGGCGAGGAAAAGAGAAAGAAGAGAUUGCAGGAAAUCCUCUCGUCGGGCGAGUUCGCGCCACCCAUCAUCGUCUUCGUCAAUAUCAAGCGCAAUUGCGAUGCCGUCGCCCGCGAUAUCAAGCACAUGGGCUUCAACUCCGUCACACUCCAUGGAUCGAAAACGCAGGAACAGCGUGAAGCUGCCUUGGCAAGCUUACGUGAGGGCCGUUCAGAUGUGCUGGUUGCUACUGAUCUCGCCGGCCGCGGUAUCGAUGUGUUGGACGUUAGCCUCGUCGUUAACUUCAAUAUGGCUAACUCGAUCGAGAGUUAUACCCAUCGUAUCGGUCGUACGGGUCGUGCGGGCAAGAGUGGUGUGGCUAUUACAUUCUGGGGUAACGAGGAUGCUGAUGUGCUUUAUGACCUUAAGCAGAUGCUAGCCAAGAGCCAGAUCAGCAAGGUGCCGGAUGACCUUCGCAAGCAUGAGGCGGCGCAGCAGAAGGGUGGGAAGAAGAAAGGCGGUGGUGAUAAGGGAGGAUUACUCGGUUAGUAAAUAGGUCUUUCUGGAGGCUCUCAGAGGACUAUGUAGUUAAGAAAAUUUGAAUUGGCAUUUGGCCUACUCUGAGGUGCUGGAAAGUAGGUUCGCUGUUUUCGGUGUAAUAUUAUGAAGUGCGCUAGGUGGAGUCGGAGCGGGUUUGGCUUUAAAGGUGCAGUUCUCAAGUCAAAAACUAAGUAUGACUCGCAUUCCGAU